AUGGGUGAGCCUUCUUCUUCUGACCGUCAAAACAGCAAAAAUUAUCAUGACAAACACUCGACUCAGCUAGAGCAGUUGUGCAAACUAAAACUUUCUGAAAUACAAUUUCAUCACAGAAAGACAAGCAUAAUUUGUACAAUAGGUCCAUCAUGCAACACUGUGCCGAAGCUGCGGGAACUGAUACUCAAUGGAAUGAAUAUUGCCAGACUAAAUUUCAGUCAUGGAUCUUACGAGGAACACGCUGAGGUCAUUGCUAGAGUUAGAGAGGCCAAUGAGAACCAUUACGAUCCAGUGGCCAUUGCUCUUGACACAAAGGGCCCUGAAAUAAGAACGGGUGUUCUGAAAGGAGGUAAAGAAGUCACAUUGGAGCAAGGCAACAAUAUCCAGCUAACAACAGAUAAGAAGUACGAAAGCGAUGGAUCAGCUACUUGCAUCUAUGUUGAUUAUGUCAAUCUGCCUCAAAAUGUGAACAAGGGUUCACGCAUCUACAUCGAUGAUGGACUCAUUUCGUUGUUGGUUGAGGACGUAUCUAAGGAUGCUGUAAACUGCAAAGUCGAGAACGGAGGAGUGCUCGGAAGUAGAAAAGGUGUAAAUCUGCCCGGAACUAGUGUUGAUCUGCCUGCUGUCACUGAGAAAGACAAAGCCGAUCUCCAGUUCGGUGUAAAGCAAAGUGUGGACAUCAUCUUCGCUUCUUUCAUACGGAGCGCCCAAGGAAUCCAUGAAAUUAGGAAGAUUCUCGGAGAAGAGGGCAAACAUAUCAAAAUCAUUGCCAAAAUUGAAAACGAAGAAGCUGUAAGGAAUGCAGAUGAAAUCGUAGAAGCAGCUGAUGGAAUAAUGGUGGCGCGAGGUGAUCUUGGCAUCGAAAUUGCACCAGAGAAGGUAUUCCUAGCUCAAAAAAUGCUCACAGCGAAGUGCAAUUUAGCAGGAAAACCGGUAAUCUGUGCAACGCAGAUGCUGGAGAGCAUGAUCACAAAGCCGCGACCGACAAGAGCCGAAUGCAGUGAUGUAGCAAAUGCUGUUCUUGAUGGUGCAGACUGUGUAAUGUUGUCUGGGGAAACUGCCAAGGGAAAGUACCCUGUUGAAGCACUUCUACUGAUGCAUCUGAUCUGCAAAGAAGCUGAAAGCGCUUUCUUCUAUGAAAGAUACUACGAGGAGAUUAUGUUCAACACCCCGAAGCCAACCGAUAUCACUCACACAACAGCUAUUGGUGCCGUCUCAGCAGCAAUCUCAUGUAAAGCCAGUGCGAUUGUGUUGGUCACCACAUCUGGGAACACCGCAGCCAUCUGCUCGCGCUAUCGUCCACCAGUUCCAGUGAUAUCCAUCUCUAGAGAUGCUCGAAAAGCCCGCCAGCUUCAUCUUUACAGAGGCGUUUUCCCACUUUUGUGGUCUCAACCUCGCCUCAGUGACUGGAAAAAAGACGUGGAACAGCGCAUUCAGUACGGCUUAGAUGUUGGCAAAGACAAGGGCGUUAUCGAAGCAGGAGAUAUCGUAGUCGUUGUAACUGGGUGGCAUCGAGGUACUGGAUUUACCAACACUAUUCGAGUGAUCGUCGCCGAUUGA